AUGGUGGGGUACGGUGCCGAUGCGCCAGCUGGACCCUACAGUUGGCCGCUGGUGGGCAUCCUGCCGCGCGUGCUCGUCAACAGCGACCGCAUCCUGGAGCUCAACCAGGAGGCCCACCUCCAAUACGGGGACGUGUUCUCGUGGCGGCUGGUGCACCUGCGUGGCAUGUCGAUCGCCGAUCCCGAGUGCCUCAAGUGGGUGCUGCAGACCAACUUCCGCAACUACGAGAAGGGUCCCCACAUGGCCCACCUCCUGGGCCCGCUCCUCGGCCGCGGCAUCUUCGUGGCCAACGGCGACACCUGGAAGCACCAGCGGACGACGGCCAAGCCUCUCUUCCGGACUGAGAGCAUCAAGGACAUGCUGCCUGUCUUCGUCUCCGGCGCCGAGACCGUGAUCGCCACACUUGAGCGAGUUGCUGACUCAGAACCGAUAGACCUCCAGAACCUCUUCAUGAGGUACACGCUUGACUCGAUCGGGCUUGUCGGGUUCGGCCACGAUAUCGGUUCCCUCCAUCGCCCCGUCGAGUUCUCUUAUCUGUUCGAUAAAGCCCAAGCCGAGAUCGACAAGCGGGCCGACAAUCCCCUCCGCGAGUACGUGCUGGGGUGGGGCGGCGGCCUGGAGGCGGACAUUGCCCGUAUGGACCAGUUCGUGCUGGGCAUCAUUCGCCGGCGCCGGGCCGAGCCGCCCGACGAGCUGCGCCAGAAGAGCGACCUCCUCUCCCGCUACCUGUGCCUGCGCGACCCACAGGGCCUGCCCUUCUCCGAUGCCUACCUGCGCGAUGUGGUGAUGAACUUCCUGAUCGCGGGGCGAGACACGACGGCCAUCCUCCUGACGUGGGCGUUUUACCUCCUGGCCCUCCACCCGGAGGCCGCCGAUCGGGCGAUCGGCGAGAUCGACGAGCGCGUGGGCGGCCGGGCGCCCACCUGGGACGACCUCAGCCAGCUGCCCUACCUCCGGGCCGUGCUCGACGAAACCCUCAGGCUCUACCCACCCGUGCCCAGCAACUUUAAGAUGGCGGUACAAGACGACGUCCUGCCCAAUGGCGUGAGGGUGAAAGCCGGGACCUACAUCGGCUUCAACGCGUACACGAUCCACCGGAGCCGGCAGUGGUGGGGCGACGACGCCGACCAGUUCGUGCCGGAGCGGUGGCUGGACCGGGAGCGCGUGCGCGCGAUGCACCCCUUCCAGUACUUUCCCUUCCUGGCCGGCCCUCGCGUGUGCCUCGGCAUGCACAUGGCCCUCCUCGAGGCCAAGCUACUGGCGGUGAUGGUCCUGCAGCGGUUCCGCUUCCGCCUGGCGCCAGGCCACGUCGUUCGGCCCAGGAAAGCUAUCACGAUGCCGGCCGCCCACGGCCUCUACGCUCACGUACUGGCCCGCUCCGCCGUCGCUCCCCAGAGCUGA